AUAAAGGAACAGACGACUUCGGUACUUGCGUAAAUUGAGUCACUAUGGAAACCGUGAGUGGUAACCAUGUCUCAGUGGUUAAAAAACGUACCUUCUCCGAGAUGCUGGACGAGAGUUGUGUUGACGAGGGGAGGAAAUCGUACUCGCCUCAGUCUCACAGAGUAUGUUCAUCAGGAAAGGAGGCUGCGAGUGGUGGGAAAGGCGAUGGUGUCGGGGCUGAUGAUUUAGAACCACGUGAAGAAAAUACCUGGUCUGAUUCGAAGAGAAACCGGCGAAUUCGCACGACCUUUAACCCGGAACAACUUCGAGAGUUGGAAAAUGUCUUCCAAGUGACCCACUACCCGGAUGUGAAAACCCGGGACGAGCUAUCCAGCAAGACAUCACUUCCGGAGCAACGUAUCCAGAUCUGGUUUCAGAAUCGGAGGGCCAAAUGGCGUAAGUUUGAGCGGCUGGGUAACUUCGGCGGAUUGGAAGAACUGAAGAACACGGAGAUCGUUCCUGCCCCGCGGUCCGUCCCGAGGCUAGAUCUUGCGAAACGGGAUCCGAGUAUUGGGUCGACAGCCCCACUCUCGUCACCCGAUCGUCCCCCAGUGACGUCAUCACUGAUUCACCCUUACAAUGUCCCAUCAUUCCCUUCGCCUCUCAACGUGGCAUCGCAGACAUGUUUUCAACCUCCUGCACGGUACUAUCCGAUGAUGCCUCCUCCACACGCGUUUCAUCCGGAUCCAAACAUCCUGGCUUUCCGUCAAGCACACCUAGCUCACCCAGAAUAUGUUCAACCGUCCGUAUCCAAACUCUACCAGAACGAUUUCGCGAUAGUUUGGCCUGAGCGAAAAAGUGAAACGAUUGCUUCCGAUGAUUGCCGAAGAUCAGACUCUAGUGUUUCGGAUCUCCGAAUGAAAGCGAAAGAGUACGAGGCUGCUGUAGGAAUGCAAUAUAUGGCAUACCCACAUCUUUACUGGAACAGUCCUUAUCUUUUUCAUCACAGAUGAAUUUCAACAUUUUAGAGCUAUUAAUUCAAACCCGAUCGCAAAGGCUGUCGAGAAAUCACCUCAAGUGCGAUUUUAAUCCCCUCUGCUAUAUCUCAUAUGAAUCAUAGUAGGAUUACAUAGUACCUCAUUGUAAUGUUCCCACGUGUCUAUAUAGGUGAUGGAAAAACCUAUCGAAACUGACUUGGGUUUUUUUUUUCUUCAAAAGUCUUCGCUAUCGUAUUUUUAUGUUCUUUUUAAAUUUAUAGCUAUCUAAUCUAUGACUCAAAAAUAUUGAACCUGGUACCAAUUUACAUAAUUGAGAGGCUCAAACCCCCAAAUUAUUUAAAAUUAGAAUUUGAGCAGAACGCUAAUGGAAAUGCACUUAAUGUUAUACUUUAUAUAUGUUUUUCUUUGUUGUAUCUUGUUUUAUGAACAAAACUUUAAACAAAUAACGAUGUCACUAUUAUAAUUGUUGCAUAUUGUGUCAUUCUUGCUUGUCGGU